CCCUUGGAGACUACUAUUGUGACUCCUACCGUGCAGCCUGGGGCUCAGGGGCCGACCGAAACAUCGUUCCAAAAGAGGGCCCCAAUGCAUGUUGGUUCUUCCUCGAGUAUUCAGACAUAUUUUACCAUAUAGGUCCCUCUGUGUGAUUCUCUUGGCGCCUUAUACUCGGAGGAGUUCGGCUACUAUACUGAUGAGCAGAUGAUUGCUGCCGUGCCCCUGUAUCCUGACAUUGUGUCGGUCUUUGAUAAUCUGGCGUUGAAUCGGUCGAGGUUGGAGGCUGCACUCCUCCGACAAGAGAUUAGGAAGUUGGAGGCUGCUUUUCAGCAGGAGAAGGAACGAUCUCGUGACCUGGAGAUCAAACUCGCCGAUGCUCAAGCCGAACAGGGACGUGUUAAGGAUCUGGAGCGAGAUGUGCACAACCUCGGGAAAGAGGUGGAGCAGUGGAAGAAGGCUAAAGGUGGGACGAAGGUUAAGCUCCAAGCUGCCGAGUCGAGGUCUGAGAAGCUUUCUCAGCAGAUUGUGGACGAGAGAAACGCUCAUCAGAGCGAGCUAGCUGAGGCGAUUAAGGCCGGUGUGAACGAGUACAUCGCGCAAAAGCGUCGUGAGGUUGCUCAGAGGAAGGGAGGGGCCGGUGAUGUUCCACCCAGGAGUUGAUCACGCCUUUUGUAGUGUUACGCCACUAAUUUUCCCUUUGUUGCGGGUUUUAAUUCGUUUGAACACUUGUCCCAUGCUUCUUUGAACAACUUCUUUUAAAUGGGGUGCUGCG